AUGUUUAUAUUGAAUUGUUUUGCUGAUUUACCGCCAAAAGAUACACCCUACCGCUAUGAUAAGAAACAAAGCCCGGAGGAUUCAUCAGGUUUUCCGAGCCGCAUGACUUUCAGCUGGUUCGAUCCAAUUGCUAUAACAGGGUACCGAAGAACUUUAACAGAAAAUGAUUUAUGUUCUAUCAGCCCUAAUCUAGCUUCUGAAGCAACUGUCCCACAAUUUGAAAAACACUGGAAACGUGCGUUGAAAAAAUGUGGAUGGAAAUCAGACGAAUUAGAUUGUUCAGAAAGUACUUCAUUAAAAGGCCAAAGAAAGGAGCAAAGGGUAGUAUCUGUACUACCUGUCAUGUUUAAAGCCUUCGGAGGACAGUUCCUAAUAUCGGUAGUUUUAAAACUGUGCAACGACUUACUAAUAUUUGCCGCACCAGAAUUACUUAGAUUACUUGUAGGUUUCGUUGAGGGUAAAGAACCGGUAUGGAGGGGCUACUUGUACGCCGUUGGCAUGUUAGUAUGUGCAUCGUUACAAACUGUCUUCUUAGGGCAGUACUACUUAAAGACAUCUAAAGUCGGAGUCAAAAUUAAUUGUGCAUUGAGUAGUAUGAUAUAUAAAAAAGCUCUAAGUUUAACUAACGAAGCCAGGAAAACUUCCACGGUCGGAGAAAUAAUGAACCUGAUGUCUACAGAUGUAAGCAGGUUUAACGACUUAACCCUUAUACAUUUAGUAUGGUCUGCACCAUUGCAGGUAGCAUUGGCAAUGUACUUCUUAUGGGGUGUCCUAGGGGCAGCAGUCCUGGCCGGCUUAGCAGUAAUUAUAUUACUAAUGCCGAUCAAUGCAUUCUUUGCUGGUAUACAGGAAAAAUUUCAAACAAAGUUAAUGCACUGUAAAGAUGAAAGAAUUAAAUUAAUGAGCGAAGUACUUAAUGGAAUGAAAGUUCUUAAAAUAUACGCAUGGGAGAAGAGCUUUCAAGAACAUGUUCUUAAGAUAAGAAAUAAAGAGUUGCAUAUUUUGAAGACGAUGGUUUAUUAUGGAUCUAUCACAGCUUUCGUUUGGUUCUCCACACCAUUUCUUGUCUCACUGAGUUCAUUUGGCUGUUUUGUCUUAUUACACGACACAGAAGUUCUAGAUUCGAAAAGAGCAUUCGUCGCUUUAGCUCUUUUUAAUGUACUUCGUUACCCUAUGACAAUGUUACCUAAUGUCAUAUCUAACGCAAUACAGACUUAUGUAAGCAUCAAAAGAUUAAAUAAAUUUAUGAACUCUGAAGAAUUAGAUACACGUAUGAUAGAACACAAUCUAAAUGAACGUGACCAGAUUUUAAUUGAAAACGGUCACUUCUCUUGGGGUGGUGAGGAUGCGGAGCCAGUGUUGAGCAACAUAAACAUUCGUAUUCCUCGUGGAUUGCUUGUGGCUGUCGUAGGCGCUGUCGGUUCGGGCAAGAGCUCCCUAAUUUCUGCGCUGCUUGGAGACAUGGAUAAACUUUCGGGGCGUGUUAACAUAAAAGGUGAAACAGCGUACGUUACCCAACAGGCCUGGAUACAAAACGCUACUGUACAAAACAAUAUUUUAUUUGGCAAGCCACUUAACAAAUCUAGAUAUAAUCAAGUUAUACAAGCAUGUGCGUUAAAAACUGAUUUAGCUAUUCUUGCUGGUGGCGAUCAGACAGAAAUUGGUGAAAAGGGUAUAAAUUUGUCGGGUGGCCAGAAGCAACGUGUGUCACUAGCGCGUGCGGUUUACUUUGAUGCGGACAACUACUUCCUGGAUGAUCCACUCAGUGCCGUAGACUCGCAUGUUGGGAAACAUCUUUUCAAUGAAGUAAUAGGCCCGAAUGGUGUACUUAGAAACAAAACUCGUCUGUGGGUAACACAUAAUAUAUCCUACCUUGCGCAAACUGACCUGAUCUUAGUAUUGCGUGACGGUCAGAUUUGGGAGGCUGGCAAAUAUCACGAGCUGUUGGAUAAAAAGGGUGCUUUUGCUGAUUUUCUUCUGCACCACCUAAGUGAUGUAGAACAAUCAGCCAAAGAAGAUGAUUUGGAAGAUGUCAAGCACGAUUUAGAGAGUAAACUUGGUUCGACAUUUGAAGACAGGUUUCAAAGAGCUAGGUCUUUGUCAGCUGGUACCCAUUCUGUGCCUGAAACAAUUACUGCAGGUGAUCAUGUAAAGUCGAAAGAACGUUUGGACGAAACUGAGGUCGAAAAUGAGUUUGAUCAACUUAUUGAAGCAGAAAAAGCAGAAACCGGCAGAGUAAAGUGGGCAGUUUACAAACAUUACUUGAUGAAUGUUGGUGUUUUUGCAGCUCUGGGAACUGCUUUCAUAUACAGCGCGAUACACUGUUUACAAAUCGGUGGUAACUUUUGGCUCGUUCGUUGGUCUAAUGAGAAAGAUAUGCUCGUGAAUGGCACUGUGGACACAAAGUUGCGAGACAUGUAUCUUGGAGUGUACGGCGGCAUCGGUUUUAUUCAUGUGACAGUAUCAAUAUUCGCCGAUCUUUUGCCCUUCUUGGCAUGUUGGAAGGCAGCAAAAAUUCUCCAUGAAGUAUUAUUAAAGAAUUUAUUCAGAGCACCGUUGCAAUUCUUUGAAGUAACUCCUGUUGGCAGAAUAAUCUCAAGGCUGUCUAAAGAUGUAGAUUCCGUAGAUGUGGCUCUCCCUUGGCAAAUAGCUACCGUAAUCAACUGUACUUUUGAGGUCUUAGGAACAUUGCUCGUGAUAAGUUACUCAACACCUUUGUUUAUGGCUGUAAUAAUACCUAUUGGAGUUUUAUAUUACGCCAUACAGCGGUUCUACGUGCCGACAUCGAGACAGCUCAUGAGGAUUAUGUCUGUAUCUCGGUCUCCGAUAUUUUCCUACUUUAAUGAAAGCAUUUUGGGUGCUACCAGUAUUCGUGCCUUUGGGGUUAAGGACAGAUUUAUCAAAGAAUCUCAAGAGAGAGUUGAUUACUAUCAGUCAUAUACCUAUCUGAGAGCCGUUGCGGAUAGAUGGCUCGGAGUUCGACUCCAAGUGAUAGGCAGUCUUAUAAUAUUCUUCGCAGCAUUAUUCGCGGUGAUCAGUCAAGAGACUAUUAAUCCGGGCCUCGCAGGGCUUUCCAUCAGUUAUACAUUAGAGAUCACACAAACCUUGGGUUAUUUGGUUCAAGCUACAUCAAUAGUAGAAACUGACAUUGUAGCAGUGGAGCGUAUGAAAGAGUAUGCUGAAAUAGAACAAGAAGCAGAGUGGACAAAGACUCCAGGCCCACACCCUUCAUGGCCAGAGUUAGGAGCCGUCGAAUUCGAAGGAUUAACUAUGGCUUAUCGCAAUGGAGCGGAGCCCGCUCUACAUGACGUCACAUGUUCAAUAGCGCCGGGAGAUAAAGUUGGUAUAGUUGGGCGCACCGGUGCUGGCAAGUCUACACUCACACUUGGUUUAUUCAGGAUUGUAGAAGCAACAGCAGGCCGUAUUCUGAUCGAUGGGCUCGACAUUUCUAAAAUAGGUCUACAUCAGCUGCGUUCGCGUAUCACUAUUAUUCCACAAGACCCUGUGCUAUUCUCAGGCUCACUACGAAUGAAUCUCGAUCCUUUUGAGUCAUACUCAGACGAUGAAAUCUGGCGUGCUCUCGAACAUGCACAUCUCAAACCUUACGUACUUGGACUAUCUGCAGGGCUACGACACGAGGUAUUGGAAGGCGGUGAGAACCUAUCAUUAGGACAACGACAACUAGUUUGCUUAGCGAGAGCGUUGCUGCGAAAAACUCCUCUACUCGUAUUAGACGAGGCAACUGCUGCGAUUGACCUUGAAACUGAUGAGCUUAUUCAGAAAACUAUACGAUCUGAAUUCUCGGCAUGUACUGUGAUAACCAUCGCUCAUCGGCUGAACACUAUAAUGGACUCCACUAAGGUUAUGGUUCUGGACAAGGGUCAACUCAUCGAAUAUGCGCCUCCAGAGCAACUACUACAGAACAAAAACUCUAUGUUUUAUAGUCUAGCCAAAGAUGGAGGUUUAGUGAGCUAA